GGGCAGGCACUGUGCGAAUAAGCAAAUCAAAUAAAUAAAUGCAAGGCAAUAUCCCUUAUUAAAAACAGGAUUUAACGCAUUUGCAUUUGUUUGUGUGUUAAAAUUAGCUAGCAAAGUGAAACUGCAGUUGUUGCUGCUACGCACAAAACUCACAAACCGGUUUUCGUUGAGUGCGUGACACUGUGCGUCUAGCGUUUAACAGCCCUGCUUAUUAUAAGCGGCUGAUAACGGCGAAAAGCGGCACGAAAGAGAGAGAGCGUCAAUUUUGAAUGCAGCAGCGUCGCGUCGUUUUUCAUUUGAGUUCGGAAAAAAGAAAAGAGAAUUAGAAAACGUGCAACGUGUUCGUGGAGCGGGCACUGCGGCUGCAUUUUCAAUUGAUUGCAUUGCCUUAUCAGUGAAUUAUUUAGCACAGUAGCACGAUAAUGGCCACAACUAUUGCAGGUUUAAAGUACCCGCAGCUUUGCAAGGCUGCUGCAGUCAACAACCACAACAACAACAACAACGACGACGACGACGACGAUGAUGAGGAGGAGGAGGAGGAGGAAGAAGACGAGGAGGAGGCAGAUGAGUCUGGCUCGACCAGCUCGUUUAGCUUACAGGAAUGCAUAAACGAGUUUCGUGCGCGCCGCAUCAGACGUGUCUCCACGCAAAGCCGUGGCGAGGAACCAAUAGCUGCAGCUGCACCCAUCGCCGCCGAUACGCAUCUAAUCAACCAGAAUCUGUGCAACAAGGCGCAGGAGCGACGGGGCAAACCGUGCAAGAACGGUUUCUGCUAUUGCUUCACCAGCGACAGCGGCGACUGCACAUCGACGGCGCCGCCACGUGCCGCGUGGCACGUGCGGCAGCACAAACGCAGCAGGCGCUCCGAAAGCAAUAAGGUUGGCGUGGCACAGCCGCCUCCGAACAAUCUGAAUGGACAGCAGCGCCAGCAACCGGUUCAGUCACAUCGCCAAAAGCAGCCGGCCCUCAUUGCGGGUCACACCUCCAUAGUUAGCAGCCCGCUGACCGCUGUCAGUAGCCUGCACGCCGUGGGCGAAAAUGCGCCGCUUAUACACAUUAUACAAGAGCUGCGCGACAAUUGCGUCAUUUCGGAGGUGCGCGUUAACAGGGAGAAGCUUGCCCGGGCCAGCGCCAGCAAUUCAACUGCAGCCAAGCUCAAAGAAGCUGCUCCAAAAAUGCGCAAGACCGAAUGCAUAGACUAUGCUCCCACGGCGCCCGUGCUCUCGAAUAUAAGCGAGCAGGAGACGCCGCCGGAGGAGAGCGAGCAGGCCUUGCAGACGGGUGGCAGCCUGCAAUCGACACGGCGCAGUUCGCGUCGCAGCUCCAGCGGUGCAGGCGGGCGACUGCUGCAGAAGCGCCUCUCCCACGGACAGGUGAACUUCAAGACGCGCGACAUGGAGCUGCCGCCGCCAAAGCCGCCGCGCCGCAGCUCACAGAGUCUCGAUGGUAAAUUGUCGCUAUCAUCGUUGAGCUCGACGACGCCGUCGGUGCGGGAUGCCGAGCGUGUGUUGGAUGAAUUUCUGCGCAAGCAUGGCGUCAAGCUGCCGGCCACAAAGCUGGAAAACUUGCCCAAAGCCAAGAGCAAGCGCAAAUCCUAUCCACUGGCUGAAAUUGAGAAAGCCGAGCGCAUCGCUCCAUUGCCCAGCUGCCCCUCGCUGAGCGAUAUUGAGCGCGUGGUGGAGUCCAAGCGCGGCGCGCACUAUGUCAAAAACAUACACAUGGCCAGCCGCAAGAGCGCCGUGGCCGAUAAACCGCUGAAGGAGUUCACGCUCGGCUGGACGGAGCCCAAGAUCAACGAUAUGCUGAACUAUGACACGGCCAAGCGGGCGCAGUUCAAGACGCACGCGGCAGAGCCAGCGCCUCAGGUGGCCAGCAACGUGGGCUGGCUGGCGCCAAAGAUCUCGCUGGAUACGGUUGAUGGCGUUAGCGAUAACCUGGCCGUCAACAUGGAGCAGAAGCACACGCCCAUCAAAUAUCCUCGCCUGCCCGCCAGCAAGCACAGCAGCAGCCAGAAAUUCAUUUGGGGCGAGCAGUGGCGACAAUUGACGCCCUGGAGUGCCAAUGGGAAGCGCACCGGACUGCGCAAGAAGUCCAAAAACUUUCUGAACAAUUCCAAAAAGAAAAUACUGCGCUUUGUCUCGCCCAAGAAGAGCAACCAGCAGCAGCAGCAGCAUCAGGAGCCAGAGCAAAGCGAGCGCCGUCGACCCACGCCUCGUCUCUGCACAGUGGGCGUCCAGACAUCCGCAUCCCAAUUGGAUCUGCAGUCGCAGUCACAGUCGCCGCCGGGCAGUUAUCAUUCGCCCGUGCAGUCAACGCCAACAGUUAGCGCCAGGCAGCAUCAGUACAAGGCUAGCUCCGAGCAGCCCUACUUUGAUUUCGAGCGCAAAGUCAACCCGCCAACGCCGCCCAAGAAAGUGCCGCGUACACAGCGUCCGCGCAAGCUGAACUUUCAACCAGCGGAGAACAAUCCCGCGACGUAUCGCUCCUUUCACAAGGAACUCGAUCAGGAUGUGACCAUCACCAAAAUGGGCUAUCUGCUGGGCAGCAUACGCGCCAAAUUGGAGGCCAGCGAUGAGCGCGCCCAGCGUACAUUUCGGGAGAGUUCACGUUACACGCCCGUGGAGCAAACGGAGCUGCCAUCUGAUGGUAUCGACUGCACCGAUUCAUCCAGCAACCGUUUGCAGCGCUCGGCAACAACCACGUUGCGGCCGCGACGUGAUCUACACCGCGAACCCAUUUACUCAGAGAUUGAGGAGGACUGCAUGGUCAUUAGCGGCAGUCCACAGUUUGAUGUAAGAACAGAAGCGCAGCUGGAGGUGGCGCCAACGCCGACGCCCACGCCCACAACAACUGCAACGGUGACUGCAACAAUCAGCGAGCCAACGCCCGUGUCCUCGCCUUUGCCAUAUCAGAAACACCCAGCAGCAGACCUCAACGCUUUGUACGCGCAAGUGCAAAAGGCCAAGAAGGCGGCGUUAAAGCCAACAACGAACCCAACAACGACUGCAGCUCCGCCCAAGGCACUGGGCCACUUUCUGCAGGAAUCCCUGUUAAAUGGCAGCUUCUUCCAGUUUAUGCCGCUGCCAGAUGAGCCCAGCAGUGAUACCUCUUACACCAUGUCCACCUCGAAGUCCGCCAAUGACGCAACGGAGCAGGCGACGCUGCCAAUGCAUCAAUCGCUGAACAACAUAAACGAACAGCACUCGCCGCCCAAGAAGAAUCGCAAUCUUUCCAAAUCCGAGCUAUCACUGCAGCGCAGUGAGAUAUUCCUAGAGAAUUUGUGCCGCAGCGAGAUGGUGCUGGACCACGAUGACAAUCUGCGCCUGGAGAAGGUGCAAAAUACCUGCCUCCGGGCGAAUCCGGCUGCAGCCGCUGCGGAUGAUGUGUCCUACGAUAUGCCAAUUGAACUAUACGAUGACUAUGUGCUGGAGGACGGCAAUGCCAGCGGCAGCUCCUUUGCCACGAAUGGGCAGAGUCAGUACGGCUCCGUCCAGCUGGAGCCGCCGCCGCCGUCCUCGGAUAAUCAGAGCACGCCAAAGAAGCAGCAACAGCAGCGCUUUACGACUAAGCCCACACGCGAGCUGUGCAUUGAUAUAAAUGAUGGCCCGUCGGUGUCCGGCCAUGCUGUCAGUCACAGCUGCCCGACUACACCGCAGCAGCAGCCGCCGGGGAAGCCCGGCAAUGUGAAGCUGGCGCACAGCAGCCUCGACGAGCUGGCUCAGAGGCCGGGCAAUGACAGCCAGUUGCUGUCGGUGAGCACAUUGGCGCGCUAUCGCCUGCUUAAGGAUGCAGUGCGUCGCUCCUAUCGCAAGGGCAAAGACUUCUUGCUGGCCGAGAAGCAGCGACUGACGCAGAGUCUCAGUUUGUCGCGCGAUCAGGCCAAUCAAACUGAGGGCGAACUGGACAGCAGCAGCAGCUACUAUGCCAGCUUUAAUCUGGACUCGCUGCUCAAUGAGUCGCUGACGACGAACGAGCAGCUGGCGCAGGCUGUUAGCAUUUGCCGUCAAAUGCCCGAGCUGGAGAUCUCCGCCGAAAUGGUGGAGGCGGAACGUCUGCUGCUUUUCAACACGCUGCGACGAAAGUCCCCGCCGUCGGGGCUCAGUGCGGCCACGCUGGCCGCCCGUCAGCAAUGCCAGUCCCUGCUUCUAGACGGCUUGCAUUUUCCGGUAAAAGCUGACGUUAGCCAGGACAUGUUCUUCAACUACUACUACAUCUGCACCGUAGAGUGCGAGGGUCGCAUACGCUCUACACAGUCCAUUGAGUGCCAGAAUGGCGCCGCGGUCUUUCGCGAUUGUGGUCUUGAGUUCUAUAGCAGCGGCCCGGCGGAGGCGCUGGAAUUGCGCUGCCAAAUCUUCAUGCUGCGUCUGCGCAAGGUAUCGACGUUAUCCCUGGAGCCGGCCAAGACGCUGCUGAAACGUGGCAGCGGUAGCCUUGGCUCUGGCAGCUCCAGCAACUCCUCGCAGUGUGAUCAGAUCGUUUCGCGUUUUCGCCUGCACGCCUCAUUCACACUGAAGGCCGCCGACCUGGCACCCUAUGAGCUGGUGGCCAGUGAAACGCAACCCAGCGACAAAUUGUGGCUGCGCACCUCGCGCACCUGGCAGCUGCCGCUGACGACGCACACAAAAUCCACGAAUUUAAUACCACAAAUUGCGCUGAGCGGUCGCGUUGAGCUACGCCUGCCCAAGUCCCAAUAUGCGGGCUAUCUCAAUGUGCAGGAUACGGAUCCCAAGAACAAACACAACUGGAAUCGUCGUUGGUGCACGCUCGACGGACUGCACCUGGCUGUUUGGCAGCACGAACACAAUCUCAGCGGACAGCCGCCGCUGCUGUCCAUGCGGCUGGAGGAAUGUCGCCAGGCUCAAUUAGAUGUGGCGCCACGUGAGCUGUGCGCACGUGCGCGCAGCUUUUGGCUGCAGUGUCCCAAUGGUGAAGCCUUCUUUGCGACCGACACGCAGGCGGAGCUAGUCGAAUGGCUGCGGCAGCUAAACGAGACGCUAGCAUUUGCCAGACGUUGGUUAAGUGCCUCUUAGCAACUUAUUUAUAUUAUUUAU